GUCAAUCCCGGACGAUCGAAAACAUCUGCUGGAAGAAACCGAUGGUGCUCCUUUGUUCCCUUGUCUGGCCCUGAUGCGAUCGCUCUCAGCUGCCAACUCUAAGGCAGAAGCAUAAAAUCUUCGCUUUGGGAAAUGUCAGAGAAAAAUCUUCGCCUCCGAAGUAUCUGAAUUGGCAGCCCAUCUCUCAGCCUCAUCUCACUGUCAUUGCACCUGCAUCUGGCUUAAGGCAUCCAAGAGACAAUCCUGUCAGGAGAUUGGCUGAGGAAGAGUGAGUGCCCAAAGUCAUCCAGAGAACAGCCAAGGCUAAAGAGGAGAAACUAAAGAUAAACAAAUUUUAAAAUGUGUUCUGAAAAUCUGGCAGUUCUACUAACACUGAUCUUUUGCUUUAUCAGCUCAGGAAAUCUUUGCAAAAGGUACUCACCUAUUAAUGUGCUAGAAGAAGAAUAUUUUUCUUUUUGCUGCCCUAAGAAACCACAGCAUGAAGGACAAGUUAUCCAUUGGUAUAAAGAAAAAAAAGGAGAAGAAAUGCUAAUUCAUGGAGACAGCAGAAUUGAUUUGAAUGGGUCUAAUUUGCGAUUUUGGCCAAUUUUACUGAAUGACACUGGAAUCUAUCAAUGCUGUCUCAAAAAUGGAACCUGGAAAAGAUCCUGCAAGGAAUGGUCCUUAAAUGUCAUCAAGAGAAAUAAAAACAAUUGUUUUACUGAAGAGCAUUUGCUUACUGGAAGAGAUGGAAUAAUUGGGACAGGCUAUUCUUUCACAUGCAGUGAUACAAAUGAUAGUACAAAUGUUAUCAACAUAACGUGGUAUAAGGACUGCAUAGAGAGUAUUAAUAAGAGAGGUGAAGAAGAAUGGCAGAUUGAUCAGUUAACAGAAAAGGAUGGUGGAAAAUAUACAUGUGUAAAAACAAUUCUUCAUGCAGGAAAGAAAUAUAACAGCACAAGUACCACCAAUUUAAAUGUUAAAGGUAUUGAAGAAAAUGUCCCAAAGCUAAUUGGAUCUGCUUAUAAUGUUUUCAAAACUGAAAUAGGUAAAGAGGAAAUCCUAAAUUGCACAGCGUUUUUAGGUUAUUCGAACUUUGUUGAAGUCCAGUAUGACCUUUAUUGGAUCGUGCAUGAUGAUAUUAUAGAAAAAUGUCAGAAUAAUAAUUCCCUGUGUCAAAAGGAGGAAUGCAAAUAUAAUGAAAAUGGGAAAAAAUAUGUUAUGAGACAACUUUGGUUUAAACGUGUGAAAGAAGAGAACAUCAAUUGUUCAUACAAAUGCAUCUUUUCUGAAAAUGGUUUUGAACAGCAAACAUUUAUAUUGCAAAAAGAAUGUAAUCCAGAUUUACCAGUUCAUGCUUUUACUGCUGGAAUGAUAAUGGCCAUAAUAUUUUCCUUUAUUGCUGUAAUGAUGGUGAUUCUCUGUGUAAUAUUCAAGAUUGAGCUUAUUUUAUUGUUCAGAGAUAUAACGGGAAAAGAUGAAACACUGGGAGAUGGAAAACUGUAUGAUGCUUUUGUGUCUUACCUGAAAGACUGUACACCAAUAUGUGGUGAAGAGAGAAAAUUUGCUCUGGAGAUACUACCUAAAACAUUAGAAGAUCAUUUUGGAUAUAAGUUAUGCAUUUUUGAACGAGAUAUUUCUCCUGGAGGAGCUAUUAUUGAUGACAUCCAAUCAUCCAUUGAUAGAAGUCGAAGAUUAAUUAUUAUUCUGAGCCAAAACUAUGUCUCCGACCAAGUCAUGUUCGAGCUAGAAGUUGGACUGCAUAAAGCCUUGGUUGAAAGAAAGAUCAAAGUCAUAUUAAUAGAAUACAUGCCAAAAAACUAUUUUGAUUUCUUGCCCAAGUCUUUGGAACUUCUUUCUUCCAGCCAAGUAGUGAAAUGGAAAGAAGAAAAAUCACUGCCUUUAAAGUCUAAAUUUUGGAAAAAGCUUCGCUAUGCCAUGCCUGCCAAGCCAACUAUUUCAGCUGCUUGUCAAGGGGUAAUGUUGCAGGACAAAAGAAAAAGAACAAGUACUUUUGGUAUCACUUCUGAGCCAUCACUUGCCUGCUACUAGGUCUUCAUCAUUGCUUGAGAUGGCUAAGUGCUGGAAGCAAAACUUGAAAUAUAAGAAAGUGUCCACAGAUACUUGGGAGCAGCAGAAUUGAGGCUGCAGGCUUCGGGUUGUCCCACCUGUGUCAUUAGGCUUAGUUUCAGUAAUAUCUUUAUAUAUUGUUUUAUUCAGUAUGUAUAUUCCAUAUUGUUGUCUGUUUUUUUACAAAGUAUGUCAAAAUCCCAGA